UGUCUGUGUGGGUUGCGUGCUGAGUCGUCAGUCCUGAAGCUGUCCGUCUGGUUGCACCGCGUCACUACAUCCUUGCCCAGCGCAGGAGUGCAAGCUUCUUUUCUACAAGCUUCCUCACCCUUUCCUAUCAUUACCGAAAACGAAAGACUUGGAACCUUAAAGGAAUCCCGUCCUGUUUCCUCUUGUUGUGACCUACCUGAAGCUCUGCGAUCUCAUUCUGUGCCGACUCAAAAUGCCAAACUGGGGAGGAGGAAACAAGUGUGGUGCCUGUGGUAGGACAGUAUACCAUGCAGAAGAGGUUCAGUGUGAUGGAAGAAGUUUCCAUCGCUGCUGCUUUCUUUGCAUGGUUUGCCGGAAGAACUUAGACAGCACAACAGUAGCCAUUCACAAUGAAGAGAUAUACUGCAAGUCUUGCUAUGGAAAGAAAUAUGGCCCCAAAGGGUACGGAUAUGGCCAAGGAGCAGGCACUCUUAAUAUGGACCGAGGGGAACGGCUUGGCAUCAGGCAUGACAACACACCUUCUCAUCGACCGACAACAAGUCCAAAUACUUCAAAGUUUGCCCAGAAGUUUGGAGGAACAGAAAAAUGUUCCAGAUGUGGUGAUUCUGUAUAUGCAGCUGAGAAAGUAAUAGGAGCUGGGAAGCCUUGGCACAAGAACUGUUUUCGAUGUGCCAAGUGUGGGAAGAGCCUUGAAUCAACUACUUUGACAGAAAAGGAAGGCGAAAUCUAUUGCAAAGGUUGUUAUGCAAAGAACUUUGGCCCGAAAGGAUUUGGCUAUGGCCAGGGAGCUGGAGCUCUUGUUCAUGCCCAAUGAUUUAUUAGUACUAUUGGCCCAAGCUGAUUCUGUAGUUACAACAUACAACUUAAAUGCUACUAAUUACUGUGAAACUGAUUGUGCUAUUUCUUUAAAGUACUACAUAUUUCUAAGCCUUACAGCACACUUUUAUAUGCACUGUUGAAUGAUUUGAGGAUUUUUUUUUAAAUAAAGAAGAUGAAUGUGUGUUGACAGGUUUGGAGAAAAUUCUUCAGUUUCCACUGCCUACAGAACUACAACAGCAUGUUGUUUUUCCCCAAGGCAUUUGUGUGUGGUAUGAAAAUGCUGGCUGCCUAAACAAAAGACUUCAUGAUCUCAUGGGGAAAUGUGUUAAUCCACCAUAGGGUACCCAAAUGGAGUGUUCCUUACAAGAGGUACAUGACUUCAGCAGACAGUUCUGUCUUACAGGGAUGUAAUUUCAGUUGCAGGCAAAAGAUGCAUUUGCACCAUUCUGUGCAGUGGGCACAUGGGUCUCUCUGCACAGACACAUACUGUACAGUGAAAGACAUGUGCCUUAGGCAGCUGUAACUUUCAAGUACAGUUCUCGGGCAUUUUAAGUGAGAUGGUCCUUUGACAAGACUGAAGAAUGCAAACAUGAUUCCUAUUUGGUUCUAAGUUAACUUCUGGCACUCAGAAGUGAAGUAUCUGCCCUUAGUACCAAACUGUAUGUUUCGAACAUUCACACUAUACUCCUUUGGAUUUUAGUACCACUUGAGGCUGCAGAGGGACACAUAAGUUGCAUCAAAGCAUUAGGAGCCAGCAUUAGCUUUCGCUAACAGGGGACACUGGGUGAAAUUCUGUUGCUUCGUGUAGCAAGUUGCACUGGAACAGGCCCAUUGAAUCUAUGGGGACCUCAUGACUCAACUCCUCUAAGUUUCACAGAUUCAAUGUGCCUAUUCUAGUUGCAACUUCCUAUGUUAAAGUAAGUCGCAACUAGGUAGGCAGCAGAUCUCGGUCAAUGAAAUAGAAGACCUAGGCUGUUCUGUGGCUUGAAGUACUGAACCCCUGGGAAGGAUUUUACCAUUUGAUAGCAUUUUUUUGUUUCUGGGUUUUGUGAUACAUGAGACUAAUAAACAAAAUCAUACAAACAUUAAGUUCAGAUAACAUUUUAGCUGUGUCUUAUGAGUUGUCUUCAGUCACUUGUAUGUUGCAGAUGUAAGGUUUUAGACAAGGGGUUUGCCAGAAUGAGUACUGCAUACAAUUGGCUGUACUGGUACAUGGAUGUUUAUAUGUGAAAUAAAUGAUACCACACUGUUAAA